AUGACAGCUUUUUUGAAUUUACAGAUGUAUUUUAAUUUUAAUACUCUUUUCUUGUUAAUUUUCCUUGUAAUUGUUGAGGCAAUACCUGACCACUACAAGACAUUAGAAGUCUCACAAAAUGCGUCAAAAGAGGAAAUCAAAAAAGCAUACAAGAAAUUAAUGAUGAAAUAUCAUCCGGACAAAACUGGGAAUGAUCCAGAAGCCUUGGAAAUUGCACAAAAAAUAAAUGAUGCUCAUGACAUUCUUAAGGAUGAAGUAACCCGAAGGAAUUAUGACAAUGAAUGGCGCUCAUUUUAUGGAUUCUCUAAUGCAACGUCUAGUGAAUCACGUAAAUCGCCUGGUGGGACAUCACCAACAUCUCCAACGUCUGAAGGAUCACCUUUCACAACGUUUGGUGGAAAUUGGUCACAAGGUUCACAAGGAUUUACAAAUUUUGGUAUUUUAUUUUAA